AUUUUUAUUCCUUUACAUAACCUCACAAUCUAACGUAAACUUACCAACAUAAUUUAGGUUGCCGGAUCGGGUUGAAGGAAAGUGCUGUUCCAUCAGUGAAAAUUCCUUUGCUCACGCCUAAAGUGAACCCGAAAGGAGUAUGUUGCGUCAAAGGAUGUACCACAAAGAGGAGGACAACUCUACAACCGUUUCCGACCCGGCUAACCAUGUUUCGGCGGUGGAAACGAGUUUUGGGAAUACCAAAUGAUAUGGCUGUGGGAAAAUUCAAAAUUUGCCUGCGGCAUUUCAAAGUGCAGGAUCGUUGCAAAGUCACUUCUACCUACCUUAAGUCGAAUGCAAUCCCAUCUAGGCAAAUUAAGAAAUUGCCAAAACGUCAGAAAACCUCACAGGUCACAACAAAGCCUCCGCUGUCUCAUCUUUGGGAUCACAACUACUGUUUGUUUUACAAACCUAAAUCAAAGACCAACAACAUUUGCUAUGUGAGCGGAUGUUAUUCUAGAGUGAAAAAUGGCACAAGAUUACAUCGAUUCCCGGCCAAAGGAACUAAGCGGUUUAAACUGUGGCUUAAUCUGCUCAAGUGUCGUUUAAUGCCCACGAAAAACUCGAAAAUCUGCAGCAAUCACUUUAAGCAGACAGACUAUCUUCCGGGUGGACGAUACUUAAAAAAAAACGCGAUACCUUUACCUUUUCCCGUUGGUUUAAGUAGACGCUCGAGCUCGAUGAGUACAUCUUCAGGUGGCUCUGGUUCCGAGCCGGAUGCUGUUAUCGACUCAUAUUCAUCGUCCUCUCAUCAUGGCAGUUUCGAAGAGCGCGGAGACUCCAUCCUGAGCGAUGUCGACCAAGAUGACCAGCUGUCCUUUCUUAACAGCGAGAACGACCAAGAGUUCAACCCUGGGGAAGGUUGCUCACGGCAAUUCCAGCCGGAUGAUUCGACUCAUCAAUGCACAGAAGAUUUGCGUGAAGAUGAUGCUGGCCUAGAUGAGAACAAUAACACAUACAACGAAGCAAACUCAAACAUUCGCAAAAGCGAUCAAAUGAUCUUAACAGAUCUUCUAGUUACUGACAAGGAAGUUAACACAUGGACUGGUCUGUCUUCAACUGAUCAGUUAACUGAAAUCUGUCUGGCAGUUCGCACAUUAGAGAGCAACUCAUUCCCGCGAAAGUUUAAAAUGCAUGCACCUUUCAUUUGAGGCAAUCGCCACACUGUUUAGGAUUUCUGGCCCAACAGUUGCUAACUAUUUUUCGCAUACUUUACAAAUUUUAUCCCUCAUUUUGAAAAAAAUCAUUUAUUGGCCGACCAAAGAGGAAUUGAGACAAAACGUGC